AUGGCCGUAAGUUCCGGCACCCAAUCGGUGACACUACGUGAUGGUGUCAACAUUUGGGACAAGGACGUGACCGUUGAUCAGUUGUUCACGGGUGAUGUGAAGGGGCGUGUUCUCCUUGACAAGCUCUUUGAACUGUACCAGGUUGGGGAAGGGAAGAAAACCUUGCGUUUCUUUCAAGACGGUACCGACAACAACCCGAACAUUCCCUUUUCGGAGAAACCCAAGAACUUGGGAAGACACAUGAUCUACAACCCUCGCAACCAAGCGGGUGUAAAGCAAGCGUAUGUGCGUUCGGUGAAGGCCAGGGGGAUCGUGGAAUCGGUCCGUGGUGAAAUGUGGGCAGUGGCGCCGGAGGAGGUGCAGGAUGGCCGCAAAGGCCCACAUCUUCUCCUGAGUUGUGCGUCUCUAAUUGAGGCCUUUUAUCAAGCCAUCACUGAGGACAGCGAGAACGAAAACUUGCUGACCACAUGCCGUAAAGGCAUUGAAGCUCGCAUUCUCUCCUCACGAACGCCCGGCAACAUAUGCCGUUACCUCACGACGCUUCACAACCAGUUUCACCAUGGCGCCAGCACCAACUUCUUGGAGCUUAUCAGACAGGCUCCGCAGGUCGACAUAGCUCUCAACACCUGGAAGCAAACUCAAGGUUUGACGUGGAAGGUGCCCGACUACGAGUCCAAAUGCGCCAACUACGUGAAGACCCAUCCUGAAUUUGGCGAAGUUUUUGGUGAAUGGCGCCUAUUCGAGGCGGCCCGUGGAUGCCAUCAGUUGUUUGUGACAAAACGUGGUGAACAGUUCUUUGAGGACCUAUGGCAAUCGAUGUGUAUGAGCGUGGACUUCAUGAACCCACGCCUCUCGAACACCAUUGUCCUCCAGUCCAUGCAGCACAUCGGAACUUCAUUGGUCCAAACUCUUUACGACGGGGUUGCAGAGGAAGACUUGACCCUGCUGCUGGUUGAGUGUUUGAACCUUUGUGUUCCGCACUUGGGUGAAGAAGACGAACCAUCUUGGAUCUUUGACAACCUCCAGAAGAAGCAACUGGUUCAUCGCUUGUUCACUGCAAUGAUUGGCUCAGUGGUGGCAGGCACCUCAAAGAGUGGUGGUGGUCGCAAACGCAAAGCCAACAAUCCAACCACAAAGUCUAGGGCAAAGGCCAAAGCCAAGAGCAAAGCAAAAGCAGCGGGUGAUUUGGAUGUGAACCUACCACCAGAGCGGGAUCUUGACCAGAUGACUAUCGACUGCCAGUAUGGUGUGCGCAACAAGCUCUGGGUGGAUUGCCUGGUGUCUUGUGCCAAUCACACAGUGCGAUGUCUACAGGCACAGUUUGGCGAUGUGCUAGAGCAAUCUGUUGUGAACCAAGCCAAGACCAGCAUUGUCCGCUUGGGGUUGCGUUUUGCGUUCUUGGGUGAGGUGAAUGUGACGACCAAGAAAAACACCAAGAAGUACAACAAGUGGUCUUUACUUCGUCCUGCUUUGCAAGCGCAUGGUGUGCAUGUUGUAACCCAGGCGUUGAAGCACAAGAUGGCCAACCUGAUACAGAUGUCUGAUGAACAGACAGAUGACCACACACGAACACGGUUGCAGGAGUUGGUUUCAGACCCAGCAUCGGCAUAUGUGGACAAGACGACAACCGUGCUUGAGAAACUCGAGAAGCUGUCUUCGUCAUUGAGCCAGUGGAUGGCAAAUGAGCCUACCAGAGUCCUCCAAACGGAAUCACCUUUGACAGUGUCUGACCAUGCUUCCUUUGGGAAAUUGAAAGCCAUCCUGCAGACAUCGUGCACUUGUCGUGCCGCAGGAGCAGAUGUGGCCAAUGCCCCGACUUCACAGACUCAUCAGGGAAAGCCCACCGGACCUUCAUGUAUGUUCCACACCCCGGACCCAGACAUGAAGGAUGUGAUGUACGAUGUCGCUCGUUCAGUCCAUCAUCUAUUUGGUGAUUCUUGGAGUUGUUUCGCAAAUCUCUUCUUGGAAGAGUGCAGCGCAGGUUGGACUUCUCCCGAUGAGCUGAAACACCUUCAGCUGGAUGCGCGUGAUGCUGUGACCUUGUCCAAGAUGAGGGCUACCUAUAUGAUACAGCUUUUGGUGGACAUGUGCGCCAACUCAGCUUCAAGUGACACGUGGUUGCAACUUUUCAGCAGCUUGAAAGACAAGACCAUUCAGCGGGACUUGGUGACCCUGGACUCUUGCUGCAUCAAUGGUUUGCAAGAGUUUUGUUCUGUGUGGACGGAGGCAACCGAGAUGCUGUCUCACAAUGCCAAGUUGGACUUGAAGGCCAUUUUGACCCGAGCUGAGAUCAAACCUAUGACAUCUGCAGCCAUCAAACUCACGGGAGCCGACAGUGGUGGAACUACAUCUCUUGCGCCAGACGGCGAGGACCAAUCCUCGCAUCACAUCUUCAGUGUGGCCGAGCUUGCUGACUUUGGGAGUUCAAAGAGUGUGCCUUCGGCGAGUCAGAUGCUCGAACUACGUUGGAUGAUUGCUGCGAAGUUGAUCCAACAAGCAAGGAGUGCCUCCACUGCGCAUUGGGACAAGCUGACCAUACAUGUUCUCGGGGAGCCUGCGGAUGUUUCGACCAAGAAGAGUGGCAAGGAUGGUUCCACGGACUUCCAGAUGCUUUUGGAGCUUGGUGACGAUGUCAACAUAUUGACAAGCCCUUCGGAUGAUUCUGUUCAGUUCUGCAAGGUCACCGAUCUGACGAUGAUCUUCUUUGGUGAUGUGGGUGAAUAUGUGGACGAGAAUGUCUCAGGGCCUGCAACACGUUCUGCCACACUUCGGGGCCCACAGAAACCGGUCACAUAUGGUGUGCUUAUUCCCAAUGACAACAGCUUCUGCUAUGUCAAACAGAUCAACGACAAAAACUACGCUGUGUUGAAGAGGGGGCUCUUGUACCUAGACUUAAGCAGCACAAACAUUUGA